GAGAGAGAGAGAGAGAUAGAGAGAGAGAGAGAGAGCGAGAAAGAGAGAGUUUAAAUGACAAAGACAGACUGCAUGGACACGAUGUCAGCAACACAUAGGCCAGAAGGAGAUUCACGUGAUCUGAGGAUCGUGCUGCUGGGAGUCUCUGGAGCUGGAAAGAGAUCAACAGCAAAUGCAAUACUGGGUCGAGAGGUGUUUGAAGAGAGCAGAACCAGAGAGAGUGAGAAACAGACAGGAAGAGUAGAAGACAGAAACAUCUCCAUCGUCGACACACCAGGAUUCUUCAACACUCAGCUGACUGAUGAAGAGCUGCAGAGUGAAAUGAUGAGGAGUAUGUUCCUCUGUUAUCCUGGUCCUCACGUGUUCCUGCUCGUCAUCAACCUGGAUACCUUCAGAGAGGAGCAGAGGAACAUUGUGGAGCAAAUUCAGGAGAACUUUAGAGCUCAAGCUUUAAAGUUCUCCAUGGUGCUGUUUGUUGGAAGAGAAAAAAUGGCAACUAGACAAUGGAAUCUCUUAAUGGAAAGUAGAAAGUUUCAGAACCUUGUCAGUCACUGCAGAGGAAAGUAUUAUGCAAUCAACAGCAAAAAUGACAUUAUUCCAACUCACGUCACAAAACUUCUUGAGAAAAUUGAUGAACUCGUCAAAUGGAAUGAUGGUCAGCAUUAUGACAUUCACAUUUUCUUAAGAUAUCCAAUAAGACGCAAAAAAGAAAAAAAGGAGCUGAUUCACACACACAGUGUAACGGAAAAGAGCACAAUAAAUGUUGUUACUGAAAAGAAAGGUUUUAUUUCGCCUGUGAGAACUCAAUUAUAUGAUGACAGAUGCUCUAGAGUUUCACAAGAAAACAAGAAUGAAGAAGAAGAGGCAACACAAUCAGAAUGCUGGAAAAUGAGCAGAAAAAGAAAAUGGGACCAGAAGGAGCAACAGACAGAGACAGAAAAACAUCUAACCCAAGCAGAGUCCAUACAGAACAGCCUCAUAAAACCUGGCGAGUGCACAGAUCUCAGGAUCGUGAUGGUGGGGAAAACUGGAGCUGGAAAGAGCGCAACAGGAAACACCAUCCUGGGACGAAAAGCAUUUAAAGAAGAAUUAUGUUUUGAAUCUGUGACUGAGAAAUGCCAACAGCAUCAGCAGACAGUAGAAGGUAGAAAGAUCUCAGUGAUCGACACUCCAGGACUGUUUGAUACGACAAUCAGUGAAGAACAACUGAAGCAUGAACUGGUGAGAUGUGUAGAAAUGUCUGUCCCUGGUCCUCAUGCGUUUCUGCUGGUCAUCAGACUGGACGUGAGAUUCACAGAUGAGGAGAAAAACACAGUCAGAUGGAUUCAGGAGAACUUUGGUGAAGACGCUGCACGUUACACCAUCAUUCUGUUCACUAGAGGAGAUCAGUUAAAAACAUCCAUAGAAGAGUUUCUGAGCAAAAACAAACAGAUUAGAAAUCUAGUUGAACAAUGUAAAGGAGGUUGCCAUGUUUUUAUUAACACAGCUGAAAAAAAUCACUCACAGGUCACUGAACUGCUAGAGAAGAUAGACAGAAUGGUGAUGGAGAAUGGAGGAGAGCAUUACACAAAUGAGAUGUACAAGGAAGCUCAGAGGAAAAUAGAGGAAGAAGAGAAGAGGAGGAGAGUAGAAGAGGAAAGAAGUAGGCUGCUGAAUAAAGCUAAAGAUGCAGUCUUAAUGGGAACCGGUGUGGUAGUGGGUGCAGGAGCAGCAGUUGUAGUUAGUGGUGGGGCACUUAGUUCAGCUUUUAUCUCAGGAGCAGCAGUUGCAGGAUCUGCAGCUCUGGCCUCUGCUUUGCAAGGAGCGGCGCUAUCUGAAGCAGUAAUGGCAGGAGUAGUAGCUGCUGGAAAUGCAGCACUGAACUCUGCUUCUGGUGGUGUUAAUGGGAAUGAGGAGAAAGUAAAAUAUGGUGAAUAAAAAGUAAAUUGAAAACGUUUCUUAUGAUCUUAAUGAUACUGUUUUUAGUCCUGUAACAACAUUCAGUCCUGUUUAAUAACAACAAAGGAAGUACAACAUCACAGCGUGUCUCUUCUUUCAGCAUUUCUGGUAGUGUACAAUUGUAGUAGUGCACACUUUUUGAGUCAAACUAAAAGUAAAACAAAAAAGCCAUAAUUUCCCUAUAGCCAGCCAAUCUUAAAUGUUAAAAAUUCUGUUCACCUGCCAGAAAUACAAUGGAUGUGAUAUCUGGCACUGAACAUUUUCCACUGCAUUUAAAGCAGUUCAUGCAUCCAGUUGUCAUUUUAUUCUUGCAGCAGAAAAAAUUGAACUGGGAGCAUUAUCGGCUCUGAAGCGACUGUAGAUAGACCUCAGAGGAUUUAAAAAAACUAGUAUAAAUGGUAUCAAGUAAAUAAA